AGGAUACGUGUCCACGGUGUCAAGAUCGACGAACACGGUCGUCGAAUAAAGAGCUCGUGACUCGAUGUAUCUUGGCGCAUACAUUAGUCGCAAGUGUUCGUCGAACGCUGUCAAGUUGCGGGCGGACGAAAUUCGAGGCGUCUCGAAAGCAAAACGGGACCGUUGGGGCGUAAAUUUUCGUUGGAGAUGUCGGAAAAGGGGAAGAGAAGUCAGUCUGGAAGCGCGAGCAGACCGCCAGUGAAGGACUCCGUGCUGGAAAUGCGAACGAGGAUGGCGCGAAUGUUGUCCAUUGGCGAGAUUACUUCGCGGGGCUCGUUUCCGAUGGCGGGCUCCAAAGCUGGCGAGGAUCCAAAGAAGGAGGCCGCGGACCAAAACUACGACUACAUGUUCAAGUUGUUGAUUAUCGGCAACUCGUCCGUCGGCAAAACGUCCUUCCUCUUCCGCUACGCGGACGAUUCCUUCAGCUCGGCCUUCGUAUCGACCGUGGGGAUCGACUUUAAGGUGAAAACGGUCUUCAGACACGACAAAAGGAUGAAGCUACAGAUCUGGGACACUGCGGGCCAGGAAAGAUACAGAACGAUAACGACGGCCUACUACAGAGGCGCUAUGGGUUUCAUUUUAAUGUACGACAUCACAAACGAGGAGUCGUUCAAUUCGGUACAAGACUGGAUCACGCAGAUCAACACUUACUCGUCCGGCAACGCUCAAGUAAUACUGGUUGGCAACAAGUGCGACAUGGAGGACGGUAGGGUGAUCAGCGCCGAGAAAGGCAAGGAAUUGGCGGACCAACUGGGCGUGCAGUUCUUCGAGACAUCUGCCAAAGAGAACUUGAACAUUAAGACGGUGUUCGAGCAGCUGGUGGACAUCAUAUGCGACAAGAUGAGCGAGUCCCUGGACAACGAUCCAACCCUGAUCGUCGGUGGCGUGGGCCAGGCGAAGGGUCAACGACUGACCGAUCAGCCGACCAAUCCAGCGAACGCCAACUGUAAUUGCUAAGAACAUGGAUGGCCACCUAAACGCUAUACAAGGGGGUUAAGGAAGAAGAAGGACACCGAAGAAGAAAUAUUAGAAGAGAAACGCGUGUAUGUCUGUACAUGUGUGCGUGAACGCGUGUCUAUCUUGUGUGUUUGUGUGCGUGUACGCUCGUGUGUACCUGUGUGCGUGGGAAAGAGAGAGCGAGGUAGAGGGAAAGACAGAAGGAGGAAGGUCGAGUGAUAAAGCUGGCUCUAGUUCACCCUGUUCGUCGUUCCUUUACCCUUGUUUCCGACCGUUCUUCGUUCCGAUCUUUUUCUUUCCUCCUUUCUCGAUCGAUAUAUUUAUAUAUGUGCACAUAAAUACGUAUAUAUACAUAGGGUGAGCCGUGAAAUUCAACUAAUUGUUCUCGCCUUGACGGAGCGAUCCGAGGUUCCUUGGUGUCGUGACCGUUCGGUCCCAGCCGAGUCUGGAAACAAUUCUGGACGACCGUACGACACGCCAAGAGCAAACGGAAAUUAAAUUCGAACGAUCGUGAGACAGAGCUUGAAUUCCAUGGCGACGUUCACUGUAUAGUUUCUAUCCCACGUUUCUAAGUUUUUCCAGGUUCUCUUCGGGAAUUCUUUAGUGGACUGUUCGAUUGAAGGUUCUUUUUUAAACGACUUUAGCGAUCGAGUACUCGAGCAACGUACUUAGAUUAAUUCCAUUGUGUAUCAUAUCACGAUAGCAAGGUCCAUACUCUUUGGAAAUGCUGAAAAUUCGCUCACUCUCCGCUAUGCUGCCGAAGAAUAACAAAAAAAUGUGUACUAUAUAAUCUUGCACGAGUCUCUGUACCAAAUCGUCCAGGUCGAUGGGCUUCGAAGUCGGUCCACUGACGGCGAGAACAAUCAGGAUGGCUUAAAUUGGGCCACUCACCCUGUAUACAUGUAUAAAUAUGUAUGACGGUUGUAGCCUGAUUACGCGGAGGUGUCACCGAGCUGAUCCGAGACCGAUUGCGAGCGGACGUCGUUCAUUUUUGCGGGUUCGACGGUGAAAAUUCGAGAAACGGGACGAGAAAUCGACGAAGGCUCGAACGGAAAUGGGUUCUCGCGACGCGAAAAAUUUGAAACACGCGUCGAGCUUCGCCUUUCGCCACUAUCAGCAUUAUAGUUUCAUCGACGGUACUAAUUAGUUUCUCGAACGAUUUUGUUAACGAACCUGGAGACAGACGGACAAUAAUGAGAAAAUGAUAAUCAAUGGGAGAACGAUUUUUCUACGAGCGAAAUGGACGGAGAACGCAUCGUUGAUGUUUCAUUUGUUACCGUGUCGAUAGCAAGUUCCGAGAAAAAUUGUUUUGCAGUGGCGAAAGGAACGAUGUUCUUGUGAGAUUGCGUAAACGAUCGGCUGUGUUCUUUCGAAAUAAUUCCAAGAACGUACUGUUAUCGUAGGCGUCGUUUUUCGUUUUCCUCCUCGUCUUUUCCUGGAUUUGUCGUUGUAAUCGGUCUCAAAAGAACACAGCCGCCACGAUAACGAUUGUCGUUGACGAUCUGAAGCGCACCUGGAUUCGUAGCGGAGAAUAUUCGACGAUCCAUGGGAGGGAAAUAUCGAUUUUAAAAAGAAAAAACAUUUGUUCGAGGACCGCGUCGAGCCGCGUGCACGCUUGGAAAAAUUUUUGGGGUCGACGAACGUUUAACGACACAAAUUUAGGAUACGUGUAGCCACGAAUUAAACGAAACUUCACGAGUCUCGUCGACGUACGUUUUCUUGAGCGUGGACGCGGCGCCAUUGGGCCGUGGACCUGUUCAAGCGUGCAAUUCAUGUGACAAAUAAAUGUUAUGCGUUCAAUUGCAGCUCUGGCAACAAAGAAAGAAAUAUAUAUCUGUGUUGUAUUUAAUGAAACUUCGUAAUAGGUUCGAAACAAUGUUUGUUUUAUUUUAUUUUCGUUUUGACCCGUUCACGAACCGAAACUCGAAGACAGGAUCCGUUUGAGGUAUUUCGGGGGGACAGUGUUUUGACAUUGUUCCAGGACUUUUCAGCGAUUUGAAUAUUUCAUCGUUUUUUCAUCGGCCUCGACGAACACAAAGAACCGUUUCUUCGGCGACGAUCUUUUAUUUUCAUUUUCGGGAUUCGUUCUCGUUCGAAUCUGAAAUCUCGACGACGUCGUCCCGAUGCACAACACUAAUUCAGAUCCUCGAAAGGCUCGGGCACCUGUGACGAUGUUAAUAGAAUUGUUGCGACGGCUGAAGUACGUCGGCGUGGACGUUGAAUCGGGGAAAUUUCAGGAAAAUCGAGGAUGUUGGACGCGUCCCCCUUUCGAUCGAAAGACUUUUGCUUUUCUCGUAGCGAUUCGAUCGUCGACGAGAGCGAGGAAAGGGAAUUUUUAGUUUGGAGUUUUAUAAGUUCCGGUGACCGAGGAAUCUUUGAGACUGCAAUUAGGAAAAUUUUAGGGGAAACGUAAUGGAAAUAUUUUCCAUACGUUCGUAAAGUCUUAGCCACGUAGGAAAAAUAAUCGAGAAUACUUGAGUAGGAAAAUGACGAGAAAAUGGUGUAAACAUCGAACUAGCUAAUUCAUUGGAAAAAUAACGAAGAAGAACGUUGUAUCGAUUACUGAAUAUAUUUAACGAGACGUAAUAACGAAAUUUAUGCGGUGAAUAAUGUGGAACAGUCGUUAAAAAGAGUUGAAUAAGACUCUGGAGAACAUGCUGAGGAAUAUCGAAGUUAUCGAGGAGUUAAUUGAAUAAAUACUUGAUUAAAUCUCGAUACUCUACCAUUAUAAUUUUAAUUAAAGUGUAUUGAUUUCUGGCUUCGAUGUAUGCGUGACAAUAACUAGAAAGUUGCUGGUCAGUCGAUGCCGAGAAAAGCGAAAUUCCAAUAUGCGAGACAAGUCAACCAUUUUGCAUUGAGAUCCGUGUACCUCGAUGCCCCAUUUUCGCAACAAUCUUGGAUUGGUGAAAUUCAUUGGGAAAAGCUGAAAUUCAAUUGUUCCUGUUCCGCCUUCUAACGUUUCAUUGACUAGAGAACGUUUAGAGUCGUCGCGUUGGUAAGAGUUCGUUAAUUAAACCUUGGGGGGAAAAAAGCAGAACAGUGAAGUUAGACGACCUGAUUCGCGUUUAAAAUACUUUGUUUCGUCGAAGCACUGUUAAUACCAAUGCAUACUUUGCAAACGUUUAUAAAUGUCAUGAUUCUUUACAAUAAAUUCGGAAUUAUUUUUACUGCGACCUUUCUGCAAUUAAUUCGACCAGAAAAUGGUGGCUCGUUUAAUUCCUCGCAGGCCACGCUAUCGACGAACUUUUUAAUUUCGCAAAAUAUUUUUAUUUGCAAACCGGUGGAAAGGAAAAAUGAUCUCGACGGUUUGAACCAACGAUUCGUUGUCUUUCCUUCACGAUAACGUUAAUCGAGAAUACAAGCAAAGCUGAAAUCAAUAUUGGACGAGACAGAAAUUUGAUGGAAACAAUUUUUUUGAUCGCUCACCACUCCCGAACGAUAGUUUGAAAUCGAAGGAAUAAAAAGAUUUGAGGUACAUUAGCAAGAGAGCACCGAUCUUUGGCGUCAAUUAUCACGAAAAGCAUGGCGUCCAUCCGAUUGCUUGAGUCGUCGCUUGGCGUUAUAAACCUACUAGGCAACCUGCCCCUCUGUACAUACAGCAAUAUAUAUAUUUAAAAAAA